GGAGCCGAGUAUAACUUUUAUGAGGCGGCUGGGUAGGGUAGGGCUGGGCCGUACACACACGCAACUCAAAGCAAAGCACGGUGCCCGUGAGGCCCGCCCGAAUCCUGAUAGCUCAUGGCCGCCGGCGACGUGGCCGGCCGCAAACUGUCGGCAUGCUGCAUAUCGCACGAGUUCUACAAAGCGGCUUCUAAGUACCCUGAUAAAAUCGCCGUUAUCCACGCCGCUGGAUUUGGGGGAAUAGUCCGUGAUUCCGCCUCCGGCGACCGGACGAGGGAUAGUGGCGGCAUCGAAACUUCGGACGCGGCGGCGUCAUAUUCCGGAUCGUCCGUGUAUGAUGGAGACGAGCGUUUCACUUUCUCUGAAAUUCUCUGCGCCGUCGAGAAUCUCGGUUCGAGACUAAGGCACAUUCUCGAUGGCGGAGAAGAUGCACACUUGCUUACAACCCAGCCGGCUAAUAUUUCUUGCGAAAAGCCCAACAAUGUCUCUGAUUAUCUCCAAACUUCAAGUGCAAGUGAACAGCAGUUGAAUAAGUCCAUGCGAAAUCCAAAGGUUGUAGGAAUAUAUAUGGAACCAUCGGUUGAGUACAUUGUGGCAGUGCUUUCCGUUUUAAGAUGUGGCGAAGCAUUCAUGCCCUUAGAUACCAGCUGGCCAAAAGCAAGGAUAUUAUCUAUUUUGUCCUAUUCAAAAGCUGAUCUCGUCAUCAGGGUAGAUUCGACAACGGACGGCUAUUCCUUUCGCGGGAUUGAUAAGUGGCUUACUAAUGAAGGAUAUUGUCCUGUUCUGCCUGUUUCUAUUAAGGACAGUAUCAGAAAACAACCCACUCCAUCACGAUUAGCGUGGCCUUGUAAAUGUGAAAGAUUGAGAUCAUUCUGUUACUUGAUUUAUACUUCUGGAUCUAGCGGAAAGCCUAAAGGUGUAUGUGGAACUGAAGCAGGUCUUCUUAAUCGCUUUCUAUGGAUGCAAGAAAUGUACCCGCCGGAUGAAGGUGAUGUGAUGCUUUUCAAAACAGCAAUAAGCUUCAUUGAUCACAUGCAAGAAUAUAUUGGAGCUAUGCUUUCUACUUGUACGUUGGUGAUACCUCCUUUCAAACAGCUAAAAGAUAACAUGUUUAAUGUCGUAGACUUUUUACAGGGAUACUCAAUUAAUCGGCUUGUGGUUGUGCCCUCUUUAAUGAGGGCGAUUCUUCCAUCAUUGAAAAGCCCAGUUAAUGUAGCAAUUAGUGGUUCUCUGAAGCUGCUGGUGCUAAGUGGUGAAGUGCUUCAAAUUCCCAUGUGCAAGAUGCUUCUGAAGUUGCUGCCCAAUACUGUGAUUUUGAAUCUGUAUGGCAGCACAGAGGUGACAGGCGACUGCACAUAUUUUGAUUGCAGAAGGUUGUCGCAGAUUCUGGAAAAGGAGGUUCUGAGCAGUGUCCCAAUUGGCUCACCUUUGGCUAACUGUGAUGUGGUGCUUGUUGGUGAAGAUGCACCACAUCAAGGGGAGAUAUAUGUGUCCGGAGUAUGUGUUGCAGCAGGUUACUUUAACUAUCCUAACGUUGUAGCAUUUGGAGAUGGUAAUUUGCUUCAAGAACAUAACACCAGGGGCAGAGUUCAACAUUUCUUCAGAACUGGUGAUUACGCCAAAAGGCUCCCAAGUGGUGAUUUGGUUUUUCUUGGAAGAAAGGAUCGUAUAUUAAAGUUCAAUGGGCACCGCAUUGCUCUUGAGGAGAUUGAGGGGGCAUUUAGGGAUCACCCUGAUGUCGUUGAUGCUGCAGUGUUAUCCCGCGUGGUUGAUGGAGAUAUAUUACUCCUUGAAGCACAUGUGGUGACAGAAAGAGCUGCGGGAAAUGAGCUUUUGGAAACUUCUCUUAGGAAUUGGCUAAUGGGCAAACUUCCACAUAUCAUGAUACCAAGUUGCAUAUUUUUCACCCCAUCACUACCUUUCACUUCUUCGGGAAAAAUUGACUACUUGUCACUAGCUGCUUCUAAGAUUCCUGACCACCAAGCUGGGAUAAAUAUUAAAGAGAUUCCUCGGGAUAACCUGAUACAAGUUAUCAAACAGGUUGUUUUGGAUGCCCUAAUGGUUGAGAAGGUUUCCUCUGAUGAUGACUUUUUUGUGUUGGGCGGAAAUUCCAUUUCUGCUGCAUAUGUUUCUUUCAAGUUGGGAAUCCAUAUGAACUUGCUGUACACCCAUCCGACUCCAAGGAGCCUUCAAAUGGCCCUUGCAUCGUCCAGCUUGUCGGGAGGAAUUGAUUCUUACUCUGGAGUGAAUUCAGGAAAGCUCAGAGAAAUGGCUCUUUCUGGAGAGUCAUUGAUUUCUAAUACCCAAAGCCACAACCGUCGAGAAAGGUUAUGUGUGACUGAUAGUGACAGGGAUAUUCGUAAUCAUGCAAAAAAAUUAAAAACCAGGUUAUAUAGAAAGGAACAAAAUUCUAGAGAUAAUUUGUGGAAUCCCACUUCAAUGCACACAGAUUGUUCCUUUGGUCGGUGCAACAACAGCAGACACGGACAGGAAUGCGUGGAACAUUUGUCCCGUGGUGCAGCCUGGUCAAAUGCCAUACCAAUGGGUGGAAAAGGGUUUGUGCAAGAACUGUGGAAAGUUGAUUUGGGUUCUUGUGUUGAUGCAUCUCCACUUCUGAUUUUUAAAGGAAGUGACAUCUAUCUGUUCAUUGGAUCUCAUUCACAUAUAUUUGUUUGUAUAGAUGGAAAGAGUGGAGUUGUUCAUUGGAAGACCAAGCUAAAAGGACGUGUAGAAUGCUCAGCAGCAGUUCUUGGUGACUUUUCGCAGGUUGUCGUUGGAUGUUACCUGGGAAAUAUUUAUUUCCUCCACUUUUCGGAUGGCAGUAUCAUCUCGACCUUUGAAACUAAUGGUGAGGUAAAAUCACAACCUGUGGUCGACAAGCGCAGACAUUUGGUUUGGUGUGGAUCUUAUGACCACAAUCUAUAUGCAAUUGAUUACAGAAGUUACUCCUGUAUUUAUAAACUUAAAUGUGAAGGCAGUAUAUUUGGUUCACCUGCAAUUGAUGAGAUGCAAGGAAAGCUUUAUGUUGCGUUCACUAGCGGUCAUAUCGUUGCAUUGGAAAUUAAGGUUCUGUCCUUUAAGAUGUUGUGGAAGAAGGACAUGGGAUCACCUAUUUUCGGCUCUCUCGCAAUCAAUGAAUCUGAUGGAAAUGUCAUUUGUUGCUUGGUAGAUGGGUCAGUCGUUGCCCUCAGUACAUGUGGAUCCAUUGUUUGGAAGGUGAAAACUGGUGGACCCAUAUUUGCUGGACCUUGCAUGUCUCGGGCAUUACCAUCUCAGAUAUUGAUAUGCUCUCGAGAUGGAUGCAUAUAUUCCUUCAAAACGGAAACCGGCGAAUUGAUCUGGAAGCACGCAGUCGGACAUCCAAUCACUUCAUCUCCAUAUGUGGAUGAGAACUCCCAAUUAAUGUCCAACAUCUCCCCUUCGCCUGACCGGUUAAUAUGUGUAUGUGACAGCUCCGGUAAUGUUCAUGUGCUAAGAGUUUCUCCGAAUGCUCGUGAAGGAGCUGAGCAAAAUAAGAAUGAGGUUGUACAGGAAUUAGCUCGAUUCGAGCUGGCCGGGGACGUGUUUUCAUCCCCUGUGAUGAUCGGGGGCAGGAUUUUUGUGGGUUGUAGGGAUAACAAUGUAUAUUGUGUAAAGCUCGAUGUGGAGUGACCUUUUUUCUUAGGUAAGAAACACGACACUCAUGCAUGUAGUUGUUAUAGGGAUUGAGCUUUUAUUGCUUGCCUUAUGAGUAGCAAUAUGAUGUAGUAUUAUGGACAAAGCUGAACACAGAUUAUUGUUUUGGAAUUUAUUUAAUUUUUUUUAUUUAUUUAAAUAAUGAUUUGUAUGUAACAUUUGUAAGAAGAAAUAAUUAU